AAACGAAUCCAUACUAAAGAAAUGGAAGUAAAAGAGGAGGAAAUAAAUUCAUUGAAAGUAGAGACUGCUCAAAUAAUGGAAAAGGAAAAACAAAUCAAUAUUAAGGAAAUGAAAGUAAAAACCGAGGAACUAAACUCACUGAUGCUGGAAAAUGCUGAAAUUAAAAAUACAAUGGAAGAAGAAAAACAAAUCCAUAUUAAAGAAAUGAAAGUAAAGACCCAGGAACUAGAUUCAUUAAAAGUGGUGAAUGCUGAAACAAAAAAUAACAUGGAAAAAGAGAAAAGAAUCCAUAUUCAAGAAAUGAAAGUAAAAACCGAGGAACUGGACUCAUUGAAGCUGGAGAGUGCUGAAAUUAAAAAUACGAUGAAAGAAGAAAAACAAAUCCAUAUUAAAGAAAUGAAAGUAAAGACCCAAGAAAUAGAUUCAUUGAAAGUGGUGAAUGAUGAAAUAAAAAAUAACAUGGAAGAAGAGAAAAGAAUCCAUAUUCAAGAAAUGAAAGUAAAAACCAAGGAACUCGACUCAUUGAAGGUGGAAAAUGCUGAAAUUAAAGAUACAAUGGAAGAAGAAAAACAAAUCCAUAUUCAAGAAAUGAAAGUAAAAACCGACGAACUUGACUCACUGAAGCUGGAGAAUGCUGAAAUUAAAAAUACACUGGAAAAAGAGAAAAGUAUCCAUAUUCAAGAAAUAAAAUUAAAAAUCGAGGAACUCGACUCAUUAAAAGUGGAGAAUGCUGAAAUUAAAAACAGUCUUUACAGAAUGGAAGAAGAAAAACAAAUCCAUAUUCAAGAAAUAAAAGUAAAAAUCCGAGAACUUGAUUCAUUGAGAGUUGAGAAUGCUGAAAUUAAAAAUAGAUUGAAAGAAGAAAAACAAUUCCAUAUUCAAGAAAUCAAAGUAAAGACGGAUGAACUCGAGUCAUUGAAAGUGGAGAAUGUAGAAAUUAAAAAAGGCAUGGAAGAAGAAAAAAGAAUGCAUGUUCAAGAAAUGAAAGUACAAGGGCAGGAACUCGACUCACUGAAAGUGGAAAUUAUUGAAAUUAAAAAUAGCAUUAAAGAAGAGAAAAGGAUCCACAUUCAAGAAAUUAAAGUAAAGGCCGAGAAACUGAUAAUGGAGAAUGCUGAAACUGCAAAUAGCAUAGAAGAAGAAAUAAAAACAGAGACUGAUGAAUUGGACUCACUAAAAUUGGAAAAUACUAAAAUAGAAAAUAGUCUGAAGGAAACCAAGUUACAACAUUCUGAAGAUAUGAAGAUGGAGAACAGUGAACUAUAUAAACUCAGAGAAACGAUCGGGAUAUUGAGAAAGAAAAAUGAAUCAAUGUUAUAUACAAUUUCUAAACGUGAACAAAUAAUUUACAAAUAUGAAGAUAAAAUUUUUCAUUUUGACAAUUGCCUGAGAAGGGGAGAUGAUGAACGGCAUUAUGAUAAAUUGCAUAAAAGAAGUUGUGAUGGAUGUAGAAGAAAAUCAAAGGUACUCGCAGCUCUAAGGGACUUGUUGAAGAUCAAGAGGAAUGUAACUGAAGAUACAGGAAAGAAAUCACCAACUGUUACUAAAACUGAGAAAAAAGAAGCUGAAAUGAACUCAUUAGAAAAUGUCACCAAUCAACCUGAAAGUAUGGAGGAAACAAAAUUACAAAAUUCCGAAGACAUGGGGAUGGAAAAUGAACUUUAUAACCUGAGAGAAACGAUCAAAAUAUUGAGGAAGAAAAAUGAAUCACUGUUAAAUGCAAUUUCUAAACGGGAACAAAUGAUUGACAAAUAUGAAGUUAAAAUAUUUAAUAUUGACAAUUGCCUGAGACGGGGAGAUGAAGAACGGCAGUUCGAUAAGGUGUAUAAAAGAAAGUGUGGUGCAUGCAGAAAAAAAUCAAAGGUGCUCGAAGCUCUAAGGGACUUGCUGAAGAUCGAGAAGAAUGUAACAGAUGAUAAAGGAACGAAAUCACCAGGUUGUGGUCUUAGUUAUGACGAGGACUACGAAGUUGAAAUUAACUCAAAACUACCUGCAUUACCGAUAAAAUUAGAAGAGGACACCAAUGAACCUGAAAGCCUAGAGAAAACCAAGUUACAACAUUCUGUAAAUAUGGAGAUCGAGAACAAUGAGUUAUAUAAACUAAGAGAAACGAUCGAGAUAUGGAGAAAGAAAAACGAAUCAAUUUUAACUGCAAUUUCUAAACGUGAACAAAUAAUUUACAAAUAUGAGGGUAAAAUUUCUAAUAUUGAAGAUUGUCUGAGAAAGGCAGAUGAUGAACGGCAUUUCGGCAAGAUAUCUAAAAGAAAGUGUGGUGCAUGCAGAAGAAAAGCAAAGGUACUCGCAGCUCUAAGGGACUUGUUGAAAAUCAAGAAGAAUGUAACUGAAGAAACAGGAAAGAAAUCACCAAGUCUGGAUGAAAUCAAAUUACAACAUUCUGAAAAUAUGGGGAUGGAGAACAAUAAAGUACAUAAACUGAGAGAAACGAUCGAGAUAUUAAGAAGGAAAAACGAAUCACUGUUAACUGCAAUUUCUAAACGUGAACAAUUAAUUUACAAAUAUGAAGAUACAAUAUUUAAUUUUGACAAUUGUCUGAGAAGGGGAGAUGAUGAACGGCAUUUUGAUAAGGUGUAUAAAAGAAAUUGUGGUGCAUGCAGAAUUAAAGCAAAUGUACUCGGAGCUCUAAGGGACUUGAUGAAGAUUAAGAAGAAUGUAACUGAAGAUGAAGAAAAGAAGUCACCAAGAUUUGAUAUUGUAGCGUCUGAUGAAAAUGCUGAAGGAGAUGCAGUCAAUUUGUCCUGGAAGAAGGAGGAGGACGAUAAAAAUGCAGAGGACAUAGGAAGUAACGAGGAACAGGAUGAUGAGAAAAAGGAAGAUGAUCAGAAGAGAUGGAGCAGGAUUAAAGGUCGUGAAGUGGAGAAUGAUAAAGAGGAUCAGAAAAGGAGCUGCUGUAGAAUUAGAAGUCGGGAAGAGGAGAUAUCUGAUAAGGAGGAUCAGUACAAGGGGAGCCUCUGUAGGAAUAUGAGGAGUUUUGAAAAUAAGAAAAAUGAUGAAGUGGAGGAUCAGAAGAGGAGGAGCAAUUGUAGGAUUGGGAAGAUUUGGGAAGAGGAAAAUGAUGAGCAGGAUCAGAAGAGAAGCAUUCAUCGCUUAAGAAGUAGCUGGGAAGAAGAGAAAAAUGAUGUGGAGGAAGAUCGAAAGAAGGGCUGCUGCUGUGGGAUUAUAAGGUUUCGAGAAGAGAGGAGUCGGAAACAAAAGAAUUAUGAUGAAGAGGAAGAUCACCAGAAGAAGAGAACCGACUGUAGGAUUAGAAGUCUGAAAGAGGAGGAAACUUAUGUGGAGGAUCAGAAAUGUAGAAGAAGCUGUAAGAAUUGGAGGAGUUGGGAAGAGGAGAAUAAUGAGGAGGAUCAGAAGAGAAGAAGCAUCUGUAGAAUAAGGGGUCGGGAAGAAGAGAAAAAUGUUGAUGAGGAAGAUCAAAAGAGGGACGUCUGCUAUAAGAUUAUGAGAAUUCGAGAAGAAUUUUAUUACAAUACUAUUGAAUAAUUAAUUUAUAAAAUAUAAAAUAUUUAAUAAAAUUAUCUUGUGUAAUCAAAUUAUUAUUAUUUCUACAUUUAUUCGGUUUCAAGCAAUGAUUUAUAUUGUAUGCUGUAUGAUCAAAUGACAAAAAGCAAUUAAUGAAUGUUUUGAUUAAUAAAUAUAUUCCAUUUAUCACAAUAA